AUGAAAAAAGUUAAAUCUGAUAUCCCAGAUUGUUAUAACUAUUAUUGGGUAGGUAUUAAAAUAAAAGAAGUUGUGUAUUCUCGCAGAACCAUGAGACGACUUUUACUCAUGGUUUGGGGCUGUUUUAAUUAUUUUAAGUCAAAAUUGGCUUUUAUUUCAGGAAGUAUAGAUAGUUUAACACAUCAAGAUAUAUUAAAUAAUUUUUACUUUUAUUUAUUGAUGAACAAAACUUACUUAAAAAUUUUUCAGCAGGAUAACGCAAGACCACAUUUUUUAGUAUCUACAAAAAAUUGCCUAGCUUGCAAAAAUAUUAAAACAAUUUUUUAA